UCAAAGGAGGAUUCCAAGAAUACCGUUAGCUCAAUGGAUUCUCUGUCCAAGAAAGAAACAAAGAAACCAGUCAACCAAGAAAGAAACAGCCCCAGUGCCGUGAAUUCAGGCUUGAGUGCCGAUCAAGAACAGAUUUCAAACAAGAAUUCCAAGAAGACAGUGGAUUCUCGGUCCAAAAAAGAAUCAAAGAAACCAGUCAACCAAGAACCCUCUGAAUUGCCACAAAAUUUCAAGAACUUCAGUGAUAUGGGUGGCAGCAGGAUCACUCUACUUAUCGAAAAAACUCUCUAUCACUCGAAUUUGAAUCCGCGACAAAACCGGCUUUCAAUACCGUCACAGCAGGUCAAGGACAAAGAUUUCUUGCUUCCCACGGAACUAGAAAUUCUGGAGGAGAAAAAGGGAAUAAAAGUGAAAUUGAUCCAACCCUCGCUAGAAACCACCGAGUUGACUUUGAUUAAGUGGUUCAUGCACAAGGGCCCAGAGUCAGAGAAAGUAAGCAUAUCCUACAUUCUGAGGUCAAAUUGGGUCAAAGUUGCAAAGGCUAACAAUCUAGAAAAGGAUGAUGUUGUUCAAGUUUGGUCAUUCCGAGUUGACGAGAAAUUAUGCAUGGCAAUUGUCAAGCUUUGAUUUAUUGUUUAAUUCUGUUUUUCUUUAAUCAUUUUUAGCCUAAUUUGCUAAUUGCGGGAACUAUGUCAGAUAGAUCCCAAAUGAACUUUGUUAGUUUUUUCUUCUUUUUGGCUAGAAUGGUUGAUAAAAUUAUCUUUAUUACAGGUGGAAGAAUCAAUUACAUGUUUUUAUGUUUUCUUUUAAUUAUAAAGUUUAUUUGUUUUACAUUUUAAAUAUGAAGCGACAAGCCUAUUUACAAAGCAUUUUAUAGUAACUAGUUAACACUGUGGAAGGGUGUUGAUUAUAAAACUAUAGAAAUUACUAAUUAGAGAGUAUUGGCCUCGAAGAAGAUUAAAUGUAUAUUACUUUGAGAGUGAAUUCAAUGGAACAGUACAGCAAUAUUAGCCUCCAUAAAGGUCUUCUAUUCUGAUAUUUGGUUUAGAUUUUUUUCCCUUAAACUUCUUGAUUUUCUAUUUUUGUUAUGAUUUUUAUUUCUGUUAGACAAUUUUAUAACUAUUCAUAUUGGGGUGAAACAGAUCUUAGGUUUGUUACGGUGAGUUGGAUUAUUUUUUCACGGUGAAGUUGGAUUAUUUUCUCUCAUAAUUUAUGUGAUUCGCUCAUCAUAAGGUCUACUGCAAUAUUGUUGUAUUCAGUAGUCUUGACAAGAGUUGGUAUUCAUCCAUAGUUUAUAUGUUUAGUCAAAUUUUCUAAUAAAUAGUUACAGGGAAGUGCGUUAGAAUUGUUGUAGAUGACUCUCUCUAAAAUAUUUUAAAUCUAGUAACAUGUAGUUCCAAAACCAGUUUACAUUUUUCAAUAUUGUGGGACAGAAUUGCAGAAUAAAUAAAUAAACAAA